CUUUCCUCCUCUUUAAUUUAAAUCCCUUCUUUUUGUCUUCUCAUCAAGCGAUGCUUGCGAAGGCCUCCACCCAGAUGUCUUCCUUCUCUUGCUCUUCUUCUUCUAGGGUAAGAGGACAACCAUGCAUGUGGCCAAAUAUGAGAAAACAAUGGUUUGGGAAAAAUUUACUAUAUGGCUUUGGAACCCUGAUCGUCAGUCCUAUAAAAAUUUUGCGUGGGGUGAACCAGUUUUUGGGUCUCCCCCCUUUCUUUUGCAACAUUACUUGUAUGUCAUCCUCAUUACAAAUUGAGUUGGUGCCGUGCCUUCAAGAUAAUUAUGCAUAUCUUUUGCAUGACAUAGAUACAGGUACAGUUGGAGUCGUUGAUCCUUCUGAAGCCGCACCUGUUAUAAAUGUGCUGGAACGCAGAAAUCAGAACUUAACUUACAUACUUAAUACCCAUCAUCACUAUGAUCAUACUGGUGGAAACUUGGAGCUGAAAGCAAGGUAUGGUGCAAAGGUUAUUGGUUCUGCUAAAGACAAGGAUAGAAUUCCUGGCAUAGACAUAUCCCUACAUGAUCGAGAAACGUGGAUGUUUGCAGGCCAUGAGGUGCUCGUGAUGGAAACUCCUGGUCACACAAAAGGUCAUGUGAGCUAUUACUUUCCAGGAUGUGGAGCAGUAUUUACCGGGGAUGCCUUGUUUAGCUUAUCCUGUGGCAAACUUUUUGAAGGAGAUCCAGAUCAGAUGCUUUCUUCGCUUCAACAAAUUAUGUCUUUACCGGAUGCCACAGAUGUAUACUGUGGCCAUGAAUAUACUCUGAGCAACUCUAAGUUUGCCUUAUCUAUAGAACCCAACAAUCAAGCACUCCAGGAAUAUGCAGCACAUGUUGCUCAGCUACGCAGUAAAAUGCUGCCAACGAUUCCGACAACAAUAAAAAGAGAAAAACAGUGUAAUCCAUUUCUGCGCACCUCCAGUCCUGAGAUCCGGCGAAAGUUGAAUAUCCCCCUUUCUGCGAGUGAUGCACAAGCCUUGGGUAUCAUUCGUCGAGCCAAGGAUAACUUUUAAUGCAGUUCUUUCUGUAAUAAACACAGGUCUGUAUUAUUUGGAAACUAAUAUUCUUUCAAGAUCUCUGUAAUGUUGCCUAGUUGUGUGUAAUAUGCUUUUGGUUAUAUGAGAUAUUCAUCACUUUUCAGAUAUCA